ACUACAGAACAAAUCAACAACGAACGAAAUUCAUUCGCAAAAACUUUUCGUUGCCUAUGUGGCUCUGCAUUUAAUAAACAAAUUUAUCCACAAAAAACCAUUAAAAUAACCAAAAACAACUUUCCAUGUGUUAAUAAACUAAUGACUAGUAUAAUUUUAAUAUUUUGUGACCAAAAUAACUACAUUCCAUUGUGAAAAUAUAAAAUUACAAAACCUGUAAAAACAAGGUGUUUCCGCAGUGUAAAUCGGUGUUAAAUUCUUUAAGUAUGCAAUUAGAAUAUAUCUGAACUCUUCUAACAUCCUAGUUCAAAUUAGAUUAGAAGAUUCUCUGAUCUCCUCUAACACAUUUACACUGGCAUACAAAAUUAAAUAUUUGUUGUUUUUUUUUCUCUUAUCGAAUGAAAAAAUAAACAAAACAUUUUUUCUUUGAAAUCAAAAGAAUCUUUAAAGAAAAUGGAAACACCCCGAGAAGUUCAUGGUGCCAAUGUUGCAUCGGCCACAUCAACAACUGCGACACAAGAAGGCACCCGCCAGAACAGUCUCGAACGCAUUCAACUCCGCAAACAAAAAGCCUUUAAUCUCCCUUUGCCCCAACAAUUGGCAAAGUUAUCCAUGUAUUCCGCCUGUCAGGUGGAAAACUGUCGUUGCACUGGCUGGAAGACACUCCAACAAGAGAAUCGCCAACGCAAUGUUGAGAGCUCUUAUUGCCCCGAAUUCUCCGAGGAGUGUCGAAAUGUUGUUUGCAAGCAUCCUUUGCAAAAUCACAUCUCUCACUUGGAUGGCAUUUCAAGUGAUCAGAUGAAUGAACUCCUCGGAGCUAUAAUUGACAUGGAGAACUUAUUUAUGAGCAUGCAACGUGUCGCUGAUGAAGACACAAAAAAAGUCUAUUUGUAUUUAUUUCGAUUGCUAAGACAAUGUGUCAUUUCAAGACAAAAAGCAAUCAUUCGGGGUCCGUUAGGGGAUCCCCCAUUUGAAGCUCCUUGUAUAGCCAAAGCGAUUUCUAGCUUUGUCUUUUACAAAUACAAUCAUUUGAGUCAAUCUGAGUUAAGUACCAUGACCGAAGUCGCUAAGACAUUCCUUAAUUUCCUUAACCAUUACAAUUUUGAGGCACCAUCGAUACGUCGAGCUGACUUGACUCACGAAGACGCAUCGACAUAUAAAAUUAACUACACUCGUUGGUUGGUGUUUUGUCAUGUGCCUGCAUUCUGCGAUUCCUUGAGGCAUUUUGAGACAUCUCUCGUAUUUGGAAGAACUCUUCUCAAAACUGUUUUCCUUUGCAUGGCACAACAAUUGAAGAAAAAAUGCAUAACCGAGCGGGAUCGCUUCCCAGCUGAUAAAAGAGCUAUAAUCACACAAAUGCCCAAAUUUUUGGAAUCUCUUAAAGCUGAAAUAUUAAAAGAUGAUUCACCUAUAUGGGAUCAAUCAUAUCGUCCGCCGAAUACAUUUCUUUCGCAGCAGAGAAAACGUCAACAAGAAGCUGCAGCUGGAGCGCUGAAACGUCCAGCUGAACCGGCUUAUAAGCGACCGAAGAAAGAAACCGAUCGUGAAUCGGAUAAUGAAGAUUUGUCUGAUGAAACAGUUUUGAGAGCUAUAAAGAUUAUUUCAGAGUCAAAGAAUCAGGCAAAAACUGAAGUACUAUUUCCGGUUAAUGUGUCGAGAGAUGAAACAGUUAAGGCGGAAGAGACUCAGGGACAAAUUCAGUUUCAUAUUGUUGGUAAUUCAUUGUCACAGCCGGUGGAGAAACAAACAAUGUUGUGGCUUUUGGGUCUUCACAGUGUGUUUGCACAUCAACUUAUUAAAAUGCCACGUGAGUACAUAAGUCAAUUGGUCUUCGAUACAAAACACAAGACUCUAGCUCUCAUCAAAGAUGGCCAACCAAUUGGCGGAAUAUGCUUCAGACCAUUCCCCACGCAAGGAUUUACCGAAAUUGUCUUUUGUGCAGUUACCAUGAGCGAACAGAUGAAAGGCUAUGGAUCUCAUUUGAUGCAUCAUCUCAAAGACUACAGCAUUCGACGUGGCAUUAGGCAUUUCCUCACCUAUGCCGAUGAGUUCGCCAUCGGUUACUUCAAAAAACAAGGAUUCGCUAAGGACAUCAAAUUGGCUCGUCCAAUUUAUGCUGGAUAUAUCAAAGAGUAUGAUGGGGCUACUCUAAUGCAUUGUGAACUUCAUCCCAGCAUUAAUUACACACAAUUUAUUUCGGUGAUUCAAAAACAACGUGAGAUUCUGAAAGAACUCAUUGCACAGCGUCAUAAGGAGGUGCAAAAGAUUCGAACAGGAUUGACUUGUUUCAAAGAAGGUGUUCGUGCUAUUCCUGUAGAAUCGAUUCCUGGUUUGCGUGAGAUUGGCUGGAAGCCACAGAUGCGGGCUCAGCGACAAUCUCGUCCACUCGAAGAAUCUAUUGACCCGGACAAGUUGGCAACUUCAUUAGCCACAGUGUUGCAAGCUGUUAAACAGCAUGCAUCUGCAUGGCCAUUUUUAAGACCUGUCGUUGUGGCCGAUGUGCCGGACUAUUAUGAGCAUAUAAAGUAUCCAAUGGAUAUGAAGACUAUGAGUGAACGUCUGAAAAAGGGUUAUUAUGUAACAAGGCGAUUAUUUAUGGCUGAUAUGGCGAGAAUUUUUUCAAAUUGUCGAUUUUAUAAUCAACCUGAUACGGAAUAUUAUCGAUGUGCUAAUACAGUUGAACGAUAUUUCCAAAUUAAAAUGAAGGAUCUCGGAUUAUGGGAUAAAUGAAACGAACAGCAUGACGAUAUGAAUUAAGUUAAACAAUAAAAUUGGUGGAAAUUAUUUUUUAUAAGAAAAUAAUUUUAGCAGAAAAGAAAACUAAAUCUAGAGUUAUUUUCUAGAAUAUUGCAUAUUAUUGCAAAAGAAGAUUUUUUAAGUGUUUUCAAAAAGAACCAAGAUUUGAAAGAUUUGUAAAGAAAACGAAGGAAAUAAGCGAUUGAAAUGAAGUCGGAAAUUAUCUGAUUAAGGUAUGUGUUUGAGAAAGAAAUUGGUGAAGAGAUCGUAAGUAUACGAGUACUUAAAAAUAACAACCUGAACAAACAAUAUAAUUUAAUGCCAUAAAUGCCAAUGAAAGAGAAAAAAAUUAAAUUAACAAAUGUGCAGUUUAUUUGCAGAGUAUCUAUAAUUAAAAAUGAAAAAUCAUCUAAACAUACAGAUCUUUUCCAUAAUUUGAGCAAAUUCAAGACUUCAUUCUUUUUUAUUAAAAAGAAUAUAUACUUUUGUUCUUUUGCCAUAAAUGUACAGAAAUGUCAAUGUUAGAAAAAAACUAGUUUUGACUCACUGAAUGGUAAAAAUAUGAAUUUUCUGACAGCUGAAAAAAACAAGAGGAGUAUGGCCUCCUAAACAAACCCUUAAGUCUAGGUUUGUUCGAUUAGUCAAAUUGCAAAUAAUUAUUGUUUUUUUUUUUUUUUUUGUUCUGUUCUGAUUGGAGGACAAAAGUGUGGUUCCCCUAGUUGUCAAAGUUAAAACCAAUCGUCAGUAUUGACUUAGCAGCGAAAUACAAUGACAAGUCACUUUGGCUGUCAUUAGUUUUGAAGUUUCUUAAGCAGCGUCCACACUAUGCUGAUUGGUGAUAAUCAAAAUACUCUUGAUCAAAAAAGUUGAUUAAAAACGUUGCUCAACAUUUGUUGACCCGAACGCAACACGAUUGAAAUCGGUAAAGAUCAAAGUCCAAGAAUUUUGCGAUAAGUUCGAAAUUAUUUUCGAGCGUUGACAGUUGAAUUCCAAAAUGACAUUUUAAUGACAUUUAACAUCAACAACGACACGUUUUAACUAAACUGAGAGUGCGGAUGAGUAGCAUGCUGGCUAACAUUUAAAAAAAAAACAUUGUUGAUCGACUUAAUGUGAACCGCAACAACAACGCUUUAAAACAACAACGGGCCCUACUUU